UACAACUGUGUGAACUUGAGGGAAAUGGACUUUAUACAUCCACUAAAAAUCACCUUGGGAUCAGUUGUUAAAAGUAAUUAUAAACAGCUCAGAAAAACAUCAUUUGUUUGCAGAUACCGGUGUGAUAAUUUCAUAUAAUACACUGACAUUCAUAUUUUAAGUGCGACUUAAGGGUACACAUAUUUGUGGGGCCACAUAUGCAAAAUGUUACUCCAAUUAUUUCUGAUAUAUUUCUGAUAGUUACAAAGUCAUGUAUUACUUUUAAUCUAUGUAUUUCUUGUAAUGUUUUUUAAUAAUGACCUUUUAUUUGAAUCUAUUAAUUUCUGUUUUUAUUUUGUAUUUGGCUCUUCACAUUGUAUCCGAUCACAACAUGAUUUCCUUUAUCCAAUAUCUGUGUCAUUUUAGAUCUACAUUUGACCACACAAUUCAUCCACAUUUGAUUAAAGUGAUGUUGAGAAUCUACACAAACAAUCUAGUAAUAGAUUCCUUUGACCGCUGAUAAUAGAUUAUUUUGAAGCUUUUAAAGUUAAAGCAUUCAGAUGAUCCAAUAGAGCUCGUAGAGUGUGGGUGCAGAGAGCGGCACUCACAGCCCAUUACACUGCAUUAAAACUCCCUCUAAUUCCCGACUCGUAUUACAAGCUCAUUGUUGGGUCUGCCUGAGAGUGACACACACACACAGAUAACAAGAGAAAGGGCAUGUCGGCUUAGUUCCCCUCCUAUUUCAUUCCACCACUUUGCUGCAUUUAAGUGGGAUAUUGGCUGCAUUCAGUCUCUCUUCUCCACGCACUUUCUCUCUCUCCUCCCUUUAUCCCUCCGUUCCCCCUUCCCUCCUCCCCCUCUUUCACUCCUUGCCCUCUGUAGAGGUCUGGAUCACAUUUAAAACCACAUGUUCUGUGUGCGAGCAACUGAGCCUGGAAGUCGGCAAGCAGGAAACGUGGUGACAGCAGAGUGGGACUGGAGCACACAGCGACAGGACAGACAUGCAUGCCUCCCAGACAGCCUUGCACGCACUGGUGGCUGGAGAAGACUGGAUGUGAGCCCUUGGCGGAUUUUGCAAGCACAUAUAGUUUGACUCAUCUGGAUCCGUGGAGACACUGGGCCAAAUCUGGCCAAGACAGAUAACAGCAUCAAGGGGUUGUCCUGAUCAGAGAGAAUCGCAGAAAAAAGGGAAAAAAAGGUCCUAGACUAGCACUGAUUGAUGUCUCAUUCUCCUCCUCUUUUUUUUUUAAAGAGGAAAGCUCAUUUGGCUCCGGAAAGCUCGUUGUGACAGGUCUCUGUUGGUGCGCCUGUGUGGUCCAGUGUGAGAAACCUGCUUCGUGAUUUGUGAGUGUAUACGCAGACUGGCCUCCCUCGCUGUUCAGUCACUGGACGGUAUCCUGGAGAGUUAGUAGCAAGAUGAAGACACAGAAAUGUGCUGGACUUCAUAUGUUGUUACUCCUGUAUGUCAGACUGAUGCUGGCCGUGGACGCCUACAGACCCCAGAGAGACAUAAACCAGGAGAGGUGGGAACAGGAACUAAGGGAAGCUGGGAGUCUGGAUGAGCUUCUUAUGUUGACCGAAUACCCAGACUGGAAGCUGUGGAGAUGCAGGCUCAAGCUGAAGCACUUUGAAUACGCCACUCCGCCGGAGAACCGCAGGUCAACUCGCUAUGCAGCUGCUUCGUUCAGCCCAGAGAUGCUAAAAGAUAUUGAUGACGAAUGGCAGAAAACACAGUGUAUGCCCAGAGAGACGUGUGUAGAUGUGGCAAAAGAGCUGGGCACCAAUACAGCUGUGUUCUUUAAGCCCCCGUGCGUCUCAGUCUUCAGGUGUGGCGGCUGCUGCAACAAAGAGGGAGUUACCUGCCGUAAUACAAGCGUGACUUAUGUCAAUAAAACUAUUUUGAGUGUGAGUCUGGCUCCGUAUAAAACUGGACCAGAGCCCGUGCUGGUGAAAAUAGCCAAUCACACUGAGUGUAUGUGCCAGGAACAUUCGCUGAUCCGCAGACAUGUUCGUGAGAAGCACAAGAAGAGUUGCUCUCCUACACGUAAGCCAGAAGACAAGAGGCUGUGCAACAAAGGUUUAAUAUGGGACUGGAUGGCAGAGCGAUGUGUGACGUACCCCUCCAGUAAACAAGAGCCUCUGUCUACUGUUAGUGAGGAGGACUGUGAGAUUGAUGUAGAGCGAUGUGAAUGUAUUCCAAAAGUAUGGACACACAGAUUACACCAUACGUGACACGAUUCAACAAAUCUUCUGAAGCGGCAAGAGAGAAAACAACGAUGAACACAACGCCCUGACAAUCUGCAAAUGCUGAGCGCAGAGACUGCAAAACACCAUUUAAUUUAUUUAUCUCUCUAUUUAUAUCAAAUAAAAAUACUUUUAUUACAUUUAUUCACACAUCUCAUCGGUAACAUGGCAGCGAUAGCUUUCUAAAUAUAAAAACAAUGCUGCUUUUCUGUUUGAACACAUGAAAAAUUAUAUCUGAGGUAAAUGUGUCCUUUGCACUGAAGACAACGUUUCACCCUAAAGAAUGUCUGUGGAAUUUCUAAGAUAUAACUUACAUCUAAAAUAAUUAUAUUUAAGUAUAAAUUAUAAUUUUUCAAAAUGUUCCCUGGUGGGCUAAUAGGGUCUACGUGGGUUCACGUCAUGUUUCCAUGGCACAAGAGGAGUCAUACGGGAUGGUGUACAUACAAAAGUACUUCAUUACUCCACAUACAUUGAGGAAAUGAUGAUAAAUUGAUGUGUUCACAACAGAGCAUGCUGCCAACAAUUAAACAAAUUAUGUAUUGGAGAUGAAAGCUGUUCAAAUAAAAA